AUGAAGCGUGCUGCAAAAGCGACAGCAUCGAAGGCGAAAGUUGCACCUGAUUUCGAGGUACUGGAUAGAGGGCGAAAAUUAGCUGUAUGGGUUAUUAGGAGGACUGGAUCACCAGGUGAUCAUGAAUCAAGUGAGGAGGAAGAACCAGAGGAUCGUCUGUUAGGAUUAGGGGCAGAAUUUACACCCCAAGCUAGACUUGCACCUUCCACUGAUCUCGCGGAGAAAAGUUUGCACGACAGGUUGGAAGCUACUGGGAAAAAGCGAGUUGCUGCCAGGAAAUUAGAUGAAGAAUUGAAGGCUACAAGUGAAGAUGAAGAUGAAGAUGGGGAAGAGAUGGAGAGCAGAACCAAUGCUUUUACCAAAUGGAAAGUGGCACCUGUUUUUCCGAGUUUGCAUGGCAAGAAGAAACGAAAGAGAUGA